GUAUGGUUAUUUGAUUUGAGGGGUCGAUAUGAAAGAACUUCCAAACUAAGCUGUCUGAAGUGGUAUGCCUUUGAUCAGGUUGUCUCGAGAUUUAAUACUUGUCCGUGUUCGCUUCGGCAAGCUUGGAUAGAUUUUCGAUUCUUCUAUGAAUGGCAGAGCAAUUGCUUCUUUUCAAUAACUUCUCCACCAGUGAAAUGUUGCUAUUCGUCGUGGUGGCUUUCAUAUGGUGUUCAUCAGAGGUACAACUACAUCUUCAACUACAGAAAAUGGUUUCAGCACGACGAACAACCAUUUCAAGACUGUUGUGAGCAAAACAAUAUGUGUUACCUUUACAGGCAGAGAAGGCCUAGAAACUACUGUCGGGGUUACAGGAUUCCCUUCAGAGCUUGGAUGUUUGGAGAUCCUCAUAUUCAAACUCUCGAUGGCCUGAAAUACUCCUUUAAUGGUUUGGGUGAAUAUAGCUUACUAAGAGUAAGUAAUAAAACCACAAACAUAAAUAUGUUAGAGGUUCAAGCAAGGACCACUCAGGCGAAAAAUGCAAAUGGUACUCUGAUUAACGCCACGAUAUUUUCGGCUUUUGCAAUGAAAGACUUCAUUACCAAUACCUCUGCACAGGUUGAACUAGCUUCUGAUGAAAAGACUUUGGUCAUCUACCACAAUGGUAUUGAUAAAACAUCGGAUUUUCAAGCACGUUCUAACUAUAGUCUGACCGACCCCGACCUGUUUAUUAUCAGAAAUAGUGACAACCAGACUAACCAGUCGGUGUCUCUAACAUUCACAUCUGGUGUUGAUGUAUCAGUGACAGUUGGUAUUCGCAUGCUUGCAGUAACCGUGAGUUUACCAGAAGACUUCAAAAACACUACAGUAACCAGCGGUCUGAUGGGAGUGUAUAAUGAUAACAAGACGGAUGAUCUCACAACACCAAAUGGGACUGUUUUGCCUGAAAAUUCAAGUGAAAGGGAUAUUUUUUAUAACUUUGGUCAACAUUGGGCUAUAAAUACUUCUCUGUUUAAAUAUCCGAAGGGUUUUUCAAAUGCCGACUAUACCGACACUUCUUUCGUCCCCCUUUUUAUUGAUAAAAACUCGGAGAUUUACAAGAAAGCUUUACAGAUAUGUAAAGCAGACGAUAACGCUUGUAUUUAUGACUACAUCGCAACUGGUGAUGAAAGUAUUGCUAAAGCAACUGAAUCCCUUGAUACGGAAGCCAGAGACGACUUCCAAGCUGCAAGAAACACUGCUCCUGAAAUUUCCGGUGAAGAAACUAUCAAAAUAAUUAUAAAUCAAACAACAACUGCCAUUCUCAAUGUGACAGAUGCUGAAAAUGAUACUUUCAGAAUCCUGAAGCAACAAGGUAGCGAGUAUUUUAAUGUCAGUAAAAACGGAUCCGAUAUUACAUUAUCAAUAUAUUUGAUGCAUUCAAAUGCGGUUAAUAUCAGUGUCAUUGCUGUUGCUGUUGUUGCUGAUAUAGUUGGUGUCGACACUGUGUAUGUUUCUGAUACUAUAAUCAGGGGUGCGAGGACUGUCAGUGGGUGCGUUAUCAUGUCUGAUAUUGGGGAAUCUGUUGAUAAGGCUGGUGUUGGGGGCGACGUCACUGUGGUUGAUGCUAGUGAUGGUGCUAUCGGUGUAGUAGUCGGCACUGUUUUUGAUGUUGCAGUUGUUGACGUCACAGAGGCUUCUCGCUGCGGUGGUGAUAACUGUGAAAAAAACCUUGAUGGAUGCAGAGGUGAUCCUUGCCCUGGAAUAGGAACAUGUUUAGACUUAAGUCCAGAAGAACACAGAGCCCGAAAUACAUCUUUCCGGUGUAAUUGUCCACUGGGUUACGUUUUGAACAACGCAACAUUCCGUUGUCUAGAUAUCGAUGAAUGCAGUCUCAGCACUUAUAAAUGCAAACAAUUAUGUAAUGAUACAGAGGGUAGUUACACCUGUGAUUGCUACGAGGGAUAUUCAUUAGAAAGCGAUGGCAGCUGUACACAGAAUAAUAUUUCAAGUAACUCUGUUUGUUUUAACAAAUGCAUUGGAACUGCUGGCUGUCGAGAAGAGAACGGACAACCUGUGUGUUUUUGUUAUAGCGGUUACACUUUAAAAGAUAAUUCCUCUUGUGUUGAUACCAAUGAAUGUCUGGAUAACCCUUGUGAAGGUGCAUGUACUGACCUUAAUGGCACAUUUGAAUGUAGCUGUCUGCCUGGGAAAAAGGUGUUCCAAUCAACUAAAUGUGUUGAGUGUGAUGAAGAACAUUUUGGUGAGAAAUGCGAAGGAGAUUGUAACAUAUGUAACGAGAAAUCAACUGAAAGAUGCGAUAAAGUAAGUGGAUGUAUCUGCAAUGAAGGUUGGAAAGGUAACAAAUGUGAAACUGAUAUUGACGAAUGUGAAAGUGCAAGUGUCUGCUCUGCAGAUGAAAUUUGUGAAAACCAAAAUGGAACUUACGAAUGCAAAUGCCAAUCAGGGUACAAAAAGGAAGAAAAUAAGUGCGUAGAUAUUGAUGAAUGCCAGCUGACAUUUAAUAAUUCGUGCCCACAGGACUGCAUAAAUUAUGCGGGUGGUUAUGAGUGUAAAUGUCGAAGUGGUUAUAAAAAGAAAGGAAAUAUUUGUGAAGAUGUAGACGAAUGUGCAAACAAGGUUGAUGGCUGCGAACAUACAUGUGUAAACACGGACGGAUCAUUUCAAUGCGAAUGCUUCUCUGGUUACAUGUUGGGAAUAGACCGCAAGAAUUGCAUCAAAAUGAAAGCUGACGCUAAAUGCCAAAAUUUGAACUGUUCCGACACUUGUGAUAUAAAUAAUGGAACAGCAUCCUGUCGGUGCAAGAGGUUUUAUGAAUUUGAUCCAGCAACAAACGAUACAUGCAGAGCCAUCGAUAAUUGCUCACCAAAUCCUUGUACAAAUGGCACCUGCCAGAACGUUACAGUUUCCUUUAAAUGUGUAUGUGAAAUCGGAUAUAAGCUAGCAAAUGAUAAAAUCACAUGUAAACCUUGCGAUAUAUAUACCUAUGGUUACAACUGCAACAUGACUUGCGAUUGUGUCAAAGGAAGUUGUGAUCCAGUGAAGGGGUGUAUAUGCAACGCCGGUUAUAUAGGCGUUAAAUGUGACACCAGAAAAGAUUUUUGUGCUGAAAAUAUUGGCAGCUGUGACAACAAAACUUCGGAAUGUGUUAACGGGGAACAAAAUUAUACAUGUGUCUGCAAAGAUGGUUAUUUCAAGACUGAAUCUGGAAGUUGUCAAAUUUGUCUUGAGAAGAAGUAUGGGAAAGAUUGCUCUUUAACAUGCCCUUGCAAGGAAUCAUGUGACCAUAUCAGUGGAAACUGCACAGAUGAUAAAACCACGGAAAUAUCCACAGUACCAACAACAGAAGUAAUUUUACGAAGUAAUGAGGAAACUGUCUUCAUUUAUACGCGUGACAUGACCGCACCAGCCCGCUGUUCACUCUUGCACAUUACAUAUGCUGCCUCGCAUUUCCAGUUUAUCUCUGGUGCCUCGUAUUCCCUGUUUAUCGCUUAUACUCCGUAUAGCUUUACGAAAUCAGUUGAUAGUAAUAUAGUUGCUUUACGAACUAGAGGUAUUUUCCGACAUUACGGUGCUUGGAUGAUAAAACCACGGAAAUAUCCACAGUACCAACAACAGAAGUUUAUCUCUGGUGCCUCGUAUUCCCUGUUUAUCGCUUAUACUCCGUAUAGCUUUACGAAAUCAGUUGAUAGUAAUAUAGUUGCUUUACGAACUAGAGGUAUUUUCCGACAUUACGGUACUUGGGUAAUCUAG